AAGGCACCAACCACUCAUAUCCAAUUGUCACUCGCUCGAUCUGUUUCCUCCAGCAAAUUAAAGGUCACAUCUCGAUCACUAUCCACUACUGCACACAGCACACAUGGCGGAGGAGAAGCACCACCACCACCACCUGUUCCACCACAAGAAGGACGAGGAGCAGCUGGAGCAGCCCGUCGCCGGCGGCGGGUACGGGUACGGCGAGGCCGCCGAGUACACGGAGACCACGGUGACGGAGGUGGUGUCCACCGGCGGCGAGGACGAGUACGACACGUACAAGAAGGAGGAGAAGGAGCACAAGCACAAGCAGCACCUCGGCGAGGCCGGCGCCAUCGCCGCCGGCGCCUUCGCACUCUACGAGAAGCACGAGGCGAAGAAGGACCCGGAGCACGCGCACCGGCACAAGAUCGAGGAGGAGAUCGCGGCGGCGGCGGCCGUGGGAUCCGGCGGCUUCGCCUUCCACGAGCACCACGAGAAGAAGAAGGACCACAAGGAGGCCGAGGAGGCCGCCGGCGAGAAGAAGCACCACUUCUUCGGCUGAUUUCAUUUCUCCCGGCCCAUCAAUCGUAUACGUCCCGUCGACGACGUACGUGUGCGUGCACGUACGGCCACAUGUAUGUAUAUGUAUGUUGUACACGUAUAUGUAUCUACGCGUGCGUGUGAGAGUGAGAUCGAGAGACUGAGAGGUGGGCCCGCUCGACGUACAUGUAUAUGCGUUCUGGAUGAAUAAGCGGUUACUAUAUGUAACCUGUCGUGUAUACGUGUGUGUAUAUGUACCUGUGUAUGAUUGUGAUAUAUGAUGACUGAAAAAUGCGUACAGCUCUGAUUUUGCUUA